GUUUGGGGCGCAGAAGAAGAGGCAGGGCUGACCGCUGUGAUUGUUUUGGAAGUGGAGAUGUUAAAUGAGCUCAUAUUUGACCCACCUGAGACCCAAAAUGACCUCGACCUGGACCUCAGAGAGGGAGGAGGAGUUCGUGGCCAUGAUGGAGGCGAAGCCGGAGCUGUUCGACACCACGGAGAUGAAUUUCAGCAAUAAAACCGUGAAGAUGAACGCGUGGCUGGAGAUGGCCGAACACUUCGGCCUCAGCGAGAAGGAGCUGCGGAAGAAGUGGGACUCGCUGAGGACGCAGUACAGCAGAUACACUAAGAUGUACGCCGCCGGCGGGACGGAGGGGCGUCUGUGUACGGCGAGGCAGCAGUGGAUCCUCCAGCGCCUCAAAUUCCUCGACCCACACAUAAAGAGGAGAUCGUCCUACUGCGCCGAUCUGGACUAUGAGGUGACGGUGGUUGAGAACAGCUGUGAUGAGUUGAGUCCGGCACAGGUCGACGUUGAGCUCGAGGCGGACAGCCUGAGCGGCGCGCAGCACCAUCAGGCCACGCACUCUGACGGAGAGCUCAGUCUGGACACGUUUAAACCCCAGCUGGCCAAAAGGUCGUUUCAGGACGACGAAAGGGUCAGUUCAGACUCGCCUCACUCGCGGGGCAGCAAGCGGCACUGCACCGGCGGCGAGAAAAUAAACAUUCUGAAUGUUCCACCUGCACACGCUGCCAGAGAGUUCGAGGAUGACGAAGAGUUGGAAUCUGCGAGUUUGCGGAGAGUGGUGUGCAGCACGGUGGAGGACAGGAAGAGGGAAGACUGCUGGGACGUCUUCGGCAGGUACGUGGUGUCCUGCCUUAAAAGCCUGGAGUCGUCGCGGAGCCGAAUCAAGGCCCAGAACGAACUGUGUGCAAUCUUACAGAAACACAUACAGGGAGACGAAGAGCGGGAGACGGCAGACACGCAGGAACAGCAAGCAGCGCCCGCAGGCUGCGCAGGCAGCAGCACCGUCAAAGUCAGCACACGCCCAUGCCCGCACUGCGAGCCUCCGGCUGACCAGGACGACCUGGAGCCCUUCCUGAAGUCCAUGUCCAUCAUCAUGAAGCGGCUGCCGGAGAGCGUCCGAGCGGAGGUGAAGUUCAGAAUCCACGAGCUGGUGCACAGAGCGGAGAUGAAACACCUUUAUGAACAGACUAACGCGCAGAACACGACGACGCCCAGCCAGGAGUCCACCUGGGAGAACGGACUCAACUACAAUCUCAUUUAACGCCUCUCCUGUUUGGCCAGAC